CGGCGCUUGAUCUGGGCUGGGGGGAGGCGGUGGCGGCUGAAGGAAGGAGGAGGAUAAGGAGGAGGAACGAGGCCAGCAGGAGGCACCGGCAGCGACGGGGCCGGGGUGAUGUUGCAGGUGCCCGGGGUCGGUGCGGAGCUGCGGGGCUGAGGGACGCCUGGUUCAGGGUCCGCAGCGUCGCCGCGUCGCUCCCGGGCGGGCAGGCGGGCGGGAAGAUGCUGAGCAGGUUGAUGAGCGGCAGCAGCAGGAGCCUGGAGCGCGAGUACAGCUGCACCGUGCGGCUGCUGGACGAUAGCGAGUACACCUGCACCAUCCAGAGAGAUGCCAAAGGCCAGUACCUGUUUGACCUUCUUUGCCACCACCUGAACCUACUUGAGAAAGACUAUUUUGGUAUCCGCUUUGUAGACCCAGAUAAGCAGCGGCAUUGGCUGGAAUUUACCAAGUCUGUGGUGAAGCAAUUGAGAUCCCAGCCUCCAUUCACCAUGUGCUUCCGUGUGAAGUUUUAUCCUGCAGACCCUGCUGCUCUGAAAGAAGAAAUAACCAGGUAUUUAGUCUUCCUCCAGAUCAAAAGGGAUCUCUACCACGGCCGACUCCUCUGUAAAACAUCGGAUGCUGCCUUGUUAGCAGCUUACAUCCUUCAAGCGGAGAUUGGGGAUUAUGACUCAGGGAAACACCCUGAAGGCUACAGCUCCAAGUUCCAGUUUUUCCCUAAACAUUCAGAGAAGCUGGAAAGGAAAAUUGCCGAGAUUCACAAGACAGAACUCAGUGGUCAAACACCAGCAACAUCAGAGCUGAACUUCUUAAGAAAAGCACAGACAUUGGAAACAUAUGGAGUGGAUCCUCACCCAUGUAAGGACGUGUCAGGAAAUGCUGCAUUUCUGGCCUUCACUCCUUUUGGGUUUGUUGUUCUUCAAGGAAACAAGAGGGUCCACUUCAUUAAAUGGAAUGAGGUGACCAAGCUGAAAUUUGAAGGAAAGACUUUCUAUUUAUACGUAAGUCAGAAAGAGGAAAAGAAGAUUAUUCUUACAUAUUUUGCUCCAACUCCUGAAGCAUGUAAGCACCUCUGGAAAUGUGGAAUCGAGAACCAAGCCUUCUACAAGCUGGAGAAGUCAAGCCAAGUCCGCACAGUGUCCAGCAGCAAUUUAUUCUUUAAAGGGAGCCGGUUCCGAUACAGCGGCCGAGUUGCAAAGGAAGUCAUGGAGUCAAGUGCUAAGAUCAAACGGGAGCCACCGGAAAUACACAGAGCAGGGAUGGUUCCCAGCCGGAGCUGUCCCUCCAUAACCCAUGGCCCAAGGCUGAGCAGCGUCCCCAGGACCCGCAGAAGAGCUGUUCACAUCUCCAUCAUGGAAGGUGAGCAUGAGCUUCUUGAGGUGACCACUGGGGUCCUCCAAGUUGUGAUCUGGGACCUUGAAAAGGACUUUGAAAAGAGGCUAAUUUACAUGAGUGACAGCAGCACGUCUCUUGGGGAAAAGGACCUCCAGUGGCAAGUCCUGACAAGCACAGCUGACCCUAACUGCCCACCCCAACCAGGGAGGAAGGGGCUGCGAGGGAUGCGAUGA